CAGUCCCACCACACAGCACAGGCUGCACACAUGCAGACAUGAAUUCGGCUGAGCAGACGGUAACGUGGCUCAUCACGCUGGGGGUCCUGGACUCUCCAAAGAAAAGCAUCUUGGAUCCAGAGGCUUUCCUCCAGACCUCCCUGCAGGAUGGAGCGGUGCUGUGCAGGCUGCUGGACCGACUCAGACCUGGGACCAUAGACAAGUUCUUUCAGGAACCGAGGAGCGACAGCGAGUGUCAGAGGAACAUUAGUGAGUUCAUUAAAGGCUGUGCGGCUCUCGGUGUGGAGCCAUUUGAGGUCAGUGAUCUCCUGCAGGGGUUAAACUUCUCCAAAGUCCUAAACUCCUUGCUUGCCCUCAAUAAAGCCACUGAAGAUAUAGCUGUGUCUGGUGACAUUGUGUGUGUGCCACAUUCCUCAACAUUGAGAAUCAAAUCAUUUGAUUCUGUCAACACUCAGAGUCGUUCCUCGAAACUGUCACAGCCUCAUUACCGAAGCCUGGACAUGUCACAGGGCAGCAGGGGUGGCCAGUUGUUGGUUAAGGCACGCUUUCCCUUCCAGCAGACCAAUGAGGAUGAGCUGUCUUUCUCCAAAGGGGACAUCAUCAGUGUCAGCAGGCAGGAGGAGGGGGGCUGGUGGGAAGGCGCAUUCAAUGGCAAAACUGGGUGGUUCCCCAGUAACUUUGUGCGGGAGCUGAAAGGAAGCGACAAGGUAUCAGAUAAGCCCAAGUCUGCAACAUUGAAAAGUCCCCCAAAAGGUUUCGACACCACUAUCAUCAGUAAGACUUACUACAAUGUGGUUCUACAGAACAUCCUGGAAACAGAGACCGAAUAUUCAAGGGAGCUACAGAGUCUUCUGGCCUCAUACCUGCGCUCCCUCCACCCUUCAGACGGACUCAGCAGUGUUGACAUCGGCCAUAUUCAGGGAAAUCUGGAGGAGAUUUCAACCUUCCAGCAGAUGUUGGUUCAGUCCUUGGAAGAAAACAUAAGGCUUCCAGAGAACCAGCAGAGAAUUGGAGGCUUCUUUCUGAGUCUGAUGCCACAGAUGAAGGACCUCUAUGUGGCCUAUUGCGCCAACCACCCAUCUGCUGUCAGCGUCCUCACCCAGCACAGUGAAGAACUGGGGACCUAUAUGGAGUCAAAAGGUGCUUCUGCUCCUGGCAUCCUGACGCUGACAACCAGUCUGAGUAAACCCUUCACCAGACUGGACAGAUACCCAACCCUGCUCAAAGAACUGGACAUACAUAUGGAGGACCAGCAUGCUGACAGAGCUGACCUCCAUGCUGCCAUGGCAGCUUUCAAAAGCCUUGCAUCUCAGUGUCAGGAUGUACGGAAGAAGAAGAAUCUGGAGUUGCAGAUUAACAGAGCCAAUAAGAAACUGGAGGGUGAUGACAUCAGAACCCUUGGCCCUGUUCUCCACAUGUCCCUCACCACAGUCCACACACAGAACUGUCAGGAAUCAAAUGAGCGCUACAUCGUCCUCUUUCCUCACACUUUGCUCCUGCUUUCUGCAAGCCAGAGGAUGAGUGGAUUCAUCUACCAGGGGAAGAUGCCACUAACCGGAAUGCUUAUUUCCAGAAUAGAAGAUGGAGAAAACCUGAGAAAUGCUUUUGAAAUAUCUGGUGGACAGUGUGAGCGGAUGCAGGUGGCAUGUAACAAUACCCAAGAUCUCCAGGAUUGGCUGGACCUUCUCACCAAACACACACACACUCCGUCCGCACAUGCACACAAGCCUCUAUCUGUCUGUCACACACUACCCUCCCUCCCUGUCACACCAUCUAGACACUCAGAGUCUCAUGCAGGAAGUAGUGGAAGUACCUACCACACGCUUCCCCAUCUGUCUUCAUAUGGGACGCCACAGAGCAGCAACCCCAUGUGGGGGCCGCUGGAGCCUCCAAACACUCCUAAACCCUGGAGCCUCAGCUGCCUUCGCCCUGCACCUCCACUCCGCCCUUCUGCUGCUCUUUGCUGCAAGGAGGAUAUGAGCAAGAGUCCAAAGAACAUGAAGAAGCUGCUUCCCAAGAGGAAGCCAGAAAGAAAACCUUCAGAAGAGGACUUCACUGUGAGAAAGAGUACUGCUGCACUCGAGGAAGAUGCUCAGAUACUGAAAGUGAUCGAGGCCUACUGUACCAGUGCCAAGACACGCCAAACUCUAAACUCCACUUGGCAAGGAACUGACCUCAUGCACAACCAUGUGCUUGCUGACACCAGCCUCACCAUCACUGGUUUCCACAGCAGCCUGCCAUGUUCUGACCAGUCAGAAGAUUCGGAUUAUGACAGUAUCUGGACCACCCAUAGUUACAGGACUGCCUCGUUUUCGCGCUCCAGCAGGAAGGAUGUCCACAUGUUAUUCCCAGAAGAGGAGAAGAUUAUCGUGGAGGAGAUCAGGAGCAAUGGUCAGACUGUCGUGGAGGAGAGGAGUUUGGUAGAUACUGUGUACAGUUUGAAAGAUGAAGUCCAGGAACUCAAACAGGACCAUAAAAGGAUGAAGAGGAGCCUUCAGGAGGAGCAGCAAGCAAGGAAAGAACUGGAGCGGAUCAUCCGGAGAGUUCUAAAGAACAUGAACGACCCAACCUGGGAUGAGACUAAUCUCUGAGAUUAAUAUAAAUUAAAUGAAAAUCUAAGAAAAUACUAAUUUCUAACCUUUAAA